AUGUGUCAAAUGGUCGUAUUCUGGCACGCCUGCACCCACCUCAUCGUCUCCUACAUGACCUGCGCAUUCGAAGAGGCAAGAAACCACAAAGAACAGACCGCAACCACAGCGCUCAUAGACACCGACUGCUGGAUAUGUCAACAGCGCCAGAAACACCCAUCCUGGGGCGUAUCGGGCACAAUGCAGCGUCUGCUCAUGACUGUCCAGAACAUGGAAUACAUCCUCGGCGUCUCGGCAAACGAAGACGGGUUUCUGGAUAUGGUGGCUCGGUUUUACGCUCGAGGCGACCACAAGCGCUGGAUGCAGCCCGGCAUCGCAAAGGCAAAGUACACCAAGGACGAUCCGUAUGUCCGCGGCUUGGAGGUCCAGUCAUAUCUUUGUACUCGGGGUCAGCGGGAUUUUCACAUGAACCCGGGCUAUGCCUUUGAUAUCUAUUUUGCGCUGAUGAAGCAUUCUAAUCGCGCGGACUACUCGGAUCUCAAUUGGUCCAUGACGGGGUAUCGCCCGCCUAGCGAUUUCUUCUAUGUGUCGUCUAGUAUGCUUGACAUGUUGGCUGAUGGCUGUGGGGUUGAGCAUAGGCAGAAGACGAGGGGCGCGCAUGUGGCACGGGGAUCUCGUUGCUUGUCUAAUGGUGGUAGUGUAGCGAUGCCAACGACGCAGUCUACAUUGGCAUCGUUUGGAAUUGGAGAUUCGGCAGAGAUUGGCUUGGGCCAUCCGAGGACCGCGUCAUAUACACAGGGACUCCCAACUCACCCGCCGCUGGACGCUCAGACUACUAGCUCGGUUCAUAAUGUUAAUGGUAAUCCCGGUUCAUUACUUCCACGGCGUCCGUGCGAGACGCUCAAUGGACCCCCCAUCGCUAUGAAUCAUUACGCUCAGCAUAUCCUCCAUCCCUUGUCCCCGCUCGGAGAGCCUGGACCUUCCAUUGAGAAUCACCUUCGGGCGCUGGAUGAGAGGGCAAGCCAUCAUGCGCGCACACCCAGUGUCUUUCAUCCAAUCUUCUCAGCCGAAUAUGACGGGGAUAUCCUCACAAAUGAGGCCUCUCAAGAGUUAGACCUCCAUCACCACACCAGAUCCAACUCCUUCACCUACAACAACACCCUGCCGACGGAAAAUAUACCAUACCUGCAUGUCACACCCCUCACCCAUAUCUACACUGACCCUUCCUCCUUCUCCCUAUCAAACGAACCGACCAGACACUUAUCCAAGAACCAUAAUUCACCAGAGGACAACACACACCUUGACAUCCUCUUCUCCUCCCCAACACUGGGAUCAGCCAUCCCGAACCCCCGAAACCCAGCCGUCACCAUCGACCCCAGCAUACUCAAGCUGGACAACCCCGACCAAUUGAAUUUCCCCGACGAGGCAACCUGCGGCAACGCCAAAGGCAAACAACCUAUCAGAGAUACCUCGCAACUGGAUCCCCGUGUUCCUGGUGGCUUUGUCUUCCCGGGCAAUAUGGAUAUUACUCAAAACUAA